AUGCCCAAUAGUAAUCUUUCAAUUGAAAGUUUAGUUCGCAAUGGCAUGAUCCCUUGUGCACCAAAGUGGCCUGGACUGGUGGUGACCUUUCGGGUCAUGGAAAUCUUCCACACGGCCAUCCUUCGCUGUCCUCAGUUGUCGAUUCAAGGCUUCGUACGAACAUUAUGCGAUCUUCAUUCUUUCCCGAUUGCAAGCAGUCUAAAGGAACAAUUCAGCAUCUGCUACGAUGUAUUCAUCGCAAUUUUGGAAAACGUGGAGCGGCGAGUACUGAGAGAGCUUGGUCGUUCACACCCGGACUGGCGGCUCAAGAACUGUUGCGCCGCAUGCAUGUUUGAACUUGAGGGUGAGGAGCAGCUGGAGUUUAGUAUGUUUGGAGCUAUGGACGGUAACGACUCACUCAAACGUGUCCCACGGAGCAAGGUGGUGGAUACACUAGAGGGUAACCGGGUCAGCAUUGAACGAGAUGACUUACGCGAUGGUGGCGGCGGAUAUAUUUUACCAAGGACGGAGGUUGAUCGCUGGUCCAAGGAGGCCAUAGGUGAUGUAGAAGCAGUGGACAUGGCGAGUGCAUUGCCAUGCGAAGAACGAUGGAAAAAUAUGUCUGACGAUCGGACCUCCAAGAUGUGGGGAGUCUUUGAAGAGACUGGCUUUUUUCUGUCAUUAUGCCAUCAUGGGUCUGUUCUCCUUGGGGCAGACAUGGUGAAAAGUGGAGAGCAAGCAAAAUAUCCAUUAGCUAUUGUUGGGAGGCUCUUGGAAGUCUUCGGAGAUCGCCUGGGCAUCGGAUACGACAUUGGCUGCAAGUUUGGCGGUACGAUAAACCGAUCCCCACUUGGCGAGUUAGCAAAAAUCAAGAGGUUUCAUGUAUUGGUUGGAUUAUUCCAUGGCCAUGCACACAACCGUCUGUGUCAGCUUCGACAUCUCGGUACAUAUCUCAUGGGCUUAGGUCUCGAAGAUCUCGAGACCCUAGAGCGUUUUUUUUCCAAGUCAAAUGGUCUUGCCAGGGGUAUUCGAUAUGCCAGUCGCUUCCAUCGUCGCCAACGCAUUACCUGGUAUCUGAAGCAUGUCGAUCGUUUGGACUCCUUCGAGCAUCUCAGUUCGUUUUUGUGCAACAAUUACAGACAAGCUCUGGAUAUCAUAGACGACUAUCCAGCAUUACAAAAUUCUAUGCAGGAGCUUGGAGUGACCGAUGAAAAGGAAUUUGAAGCGUGGCUUUCGGAGGAGGAAGCUUACCUCUCAGGUUUACAGCGUGAACUGCCAGAAGAAACCAUCGAGAUGGAAUAUUAUACAAGGCUCAUCCAUUAUUAUGAUGUAGAAUCAAAGGUUGCUGCUAGCCGGAGAGUAGUGUUCGUUAACACGAUGACCGAUACACAGCCACAACCACGAGACGACACCCGCAAGAUGGAGACAGCACAAAGACAUCUUCUCGAAAGGAGAUCUCAAGAGCUGGAGAGGGUGCAGGACCUCGAGCGCUCACUGAACAUCUCCCCUGAGGACCGCUGGAUCGUCGGCUCGGAAAAGUGGAGAGAGAACGAGCAGAGGGUCGCCGUGAGGACUUACCGGCGAUGCCUGGAUCGACUGGAGGGCUUAAUAGUCGCACGCAUCUUUGAGCUAACGAAGAUGAAUAUGUCCCAUACUGGAUAUAAAAUGCGAAAACACAUAGGAAAGGCUCUCAAGGCACGAUCACAAGCCAUACGGACCGCCCUCACCCAAUAUAAUGUAGCGGCAGCAACCCUUAUCCCCCCAAGACCUCCGCUGAAGUGGGAACGAGUCGUCGAGUAUGCUUUUCUAGCUGAUUUCGACCUACUCCGAGACGUUCGGCAGGACAUGAGCGAGCGCAAGUGGGCCACUCCAGCAGGACGCCAAGCGAUGGAUACAUACUUCAAGAUCUGUCGGGCAAAGGAGGAAAUCAAGCGCCUCAACAUCGAGAUUCAGCGAGUAAUUACCUAUAUGCACAUCGAAGAUACAUAUCUCCGUCGCCGAGAGGGAGCAAUUGCCGAAACAGAGCCUGCCUUGGCAUUUCAGAUAUCGAGAUAUCGUCAGGAUAGGGAGCGCUUCUAUGCCGCGCAUAUGCGCCGUUUCUAUGCCUUGUCGAAGGAUGCAUCAGUAAGUUAA